AUGUCUACUACAAAUAUUACAUCAGCGGAAUUAAUUAUUCAUUCAUGUUUAUGGGAUAGUUGCUGCGAAAUCUUUACAUCAUUGCCCGAAUUAACAACACACAUUGCCACGUCUCAUUUAAUAACAUUACCGGACAAUUUGACAUCAUUUAAUUGUAAAUGGAAUUCCUGUCGUCAUUAUAGUUUUCAAUCGAAAUACUUAUUAACACAACAUAUUCGAAAUGCUCAUCUUUUGCCUAUCAUUAAUAACCAAAUGACUUACUUUCCAACUCAGGAAACGUUUCAAGGUGUAUCUCCAUAUCAUGGAUUUGAGCCAACAAAUAAUUAUCCUCAAAGAAUUACCCAGUUAUAUAGCAAUUUGAUACGUCAAGUGAAUAUGCAAAAUAUGCAAAAUAAUCUACAAUCACCUCAUACAUAUCAAAUUCAUAAACCCCCACAACUCGUUCAGAUUCCUCAAACUCCAUCACGAUCUCUAGCACAAACGAUUGACAAUGAUGAUUUAAUGCGAAUGAAUCCUGGAUGGAUUUCCGUUAAUCCUGCGAUUCAAGCACAAUUUGGGACAUCGACUGAACAAUUCACUCCAUAUCGAUCUCAAAUUUUACCAGUUCAAUCACUACAACCGCAAUUUUCACAAUUCUCCUCCAAUUUUCCUGUACAGGCUCAGAGUUUAUCGUCAUCUUCAUUAGGAAGGAUACAAAAUCAAAUGCCACAACAAUUUAAUGCGGUUGUACCAUCUCAAAUUGUUAAUAAUUAUCAUUCGAUUCAAGAAAAAGAAGAUUCACCCGUACAGAUUCUCUCACCAAAUCAAAAUCUUCAAGGUCAAAUUAACAAUAUUGAUUUGAAGGAAGAGGUGGAAAAACUCCGAAAGUUCAUAAAGGAUCAAACAAAAGAACUUGAAGACAAAUCUCAAGCACUCGAUAAAAAAAAUGAAGAGAUGAAAAAUAUGUCAUGUGAGAUUAAAGAGAAAUCGAAAGAGAUUAUAAAAUUAAAAAGUCUAGUAUCUCUUAAAGAUAGUGAGAUAAAUAUUAUCAAAGGGGAUCUUGAACUUCAAACGAGUAUAUCCAAACUAUUACAAGAACAAAAUAAAAGGUCGGAUGAUAAAUUGAGAAGAAUGUGGGUAGAGAUGUUAUGUAGAAAAGCAGACAUUGAAAUUUCGAAUGAUCGUAAAAAUUUUGAGGGGAAUAGGCAGUCAAGGAAAAGGGUUAAAAAAAAUGAUGAUGAUAAAGUGGAGAUGGAACUACAUCCUAUGGAAAUCCCCGCUCCACCUCAUGAAAAGAUCUCAAUAAUAACUAACGCAUUAAUGUGCGAUUGGGAAGGUUGUGGAAAACCAUUUAGAACAAAAUUAGCGCUUAGAGCUCAUGUCGUAUCUUCUCAUAUGGAUGAAGAUAUUGUGAAAUUUAAGCUUAUAAACCCCUAA